GUGGGUUAAUCACGUGUCCUCUGGGAAGCGCUUUAGUUUUUGGGACGCAUAGAGCGAGUCAGCGUACUAUUGCCAGUAGGCUAGUUAGUAGUCCUAGUUAGUGUACUUGGAACAUAUAUCCACGGUAAUGGCUAAUCAACCGAUAGGCUAUAAAAAGUAGAACAAUGUACGUGUUUUAAAUUUUGGAAAUGGGAUAAUGAGAGAGACGUAAGAGCGCGCGCUCUCUGGCACCUACUGCUCGUGAAAACUUCGGAGACAAGAGAUCAGCACCAGCUAGGAUUGAGAGGCUGCAAAGUGUUCUGUAUCCGUUACUGUUACCACCACAACAAGUCAAGUCAUCUGAGCGCGGGCAGUCACUGUCUGAAAGAGUUCGAGGUGACUGACCAGCUUCCGUGGGAUUUGAUGUCGCCUCUAGAUUGGUUCUGCUGAAGAUGGAAACACUGGAGUCUGAGCUCACCUGCCCAAUCUGCCUGGAGCUGUUUGAAGAUCCCCUGCUCUUACCCUGCGCCCACAGCCUGUGUUUCAACUGCGCCCACCGCAUCCUAGUCUCCCACUGCUCGUCCAACAAACCUCUAGAGUCCAUCUCCGCCUUCCAGUGCCCCACCUGCCGUUACGUCAUCACGCUGAACCACCGCGGCCUGGAGGGCCUGAAGCGCAAUGUGACCCUGCAGAACAUCAUCCACCGUUUCCAGAAGGCCUCCGUCAGCGGCCCUAACUCCCCCAGUGAGAGCCGUCGUGCCCCAGGUCUCUCCGGAGGCCACAGGCCCUAUAGCAGCAGCGGAGGAGGAAGCUCCGGCAGCCACAGCGCCCGCUCCAGCCCGGCCCAGCCCUCCUCUCAUCAGCACACCGCCACCAUGUCUCUGGAGCACCGUAUCAGCUGCCAGUUCUGUGAGCAGGACCCGCCGCGCGAGGCAGUCAAGACGUGCGUGACCUGCGAGGUGUCGUACUGUGACAGGUGUCUACGUGCCACGCACCCAAAUAAGAAGCCGUUUACCAGUCACCGGUUGGUGGAGCCGGUGCAUGACGCCCACAUGAGAGGCCUCACCUGUCUGGAGCAUGAGAAUGAGAAGGUUAAUAUGUAUUGCAUCGUGGAUGACCAGCUGAUAUGUGCCCUGUGUAAGCUGGUGGGACGACACAGAGAACAUCAAGUCUCCUCUCUUAGCGAACGCUUCGACAAACUCAAGGCUUUUCAAGUGAGUCCUGGCAGAGUAUCUGACGCAGUAAUGGAGGCAUCAAAGACAGGCGCUGUGCAAACCCUGGAGAACAACCUCACCAACCUGGUGAAGAGAAACAGUGAGCUGGAGAACCAGAUGGCUAAACUCAUCCAGAUCUGUCAACAGGUUGAGGUGAACACAGCGAUGCACGAGGCCAAGCUAGUGGAGGAGUGUGAUGAGCUUGUAGAAAUCAUACGCCAGAGGAAACAGAUCAUCGCUGUCAAGAUCAAGGAGUCCAAGGUGAUGAAGCUGCGUAAACUGGCCCAGCAGAUGGCUAACUGCAGACAGUGCCUGGAGCGCUCCAGAGCCCUCAUCACUCAGGCAGAACACAGCCUGAAGGAGAACGACCACGCUCGCUUCCUACAGACCGCCAGGAACGUGGCUGAGAGGGUUGCCAUGGCCACGGCCUCCUCCCAGGUGCUGAUACCAGAUGUGAACCUGAACGAAGCCUUUGAUAACUUUGCCCUGGACUUUUCCAGAGAGAAGAAGAUCCUAGAGGGACUGGACUACCUGACAGCUCCCAGUCCUCCUUCCAUACGUGAUGAGCUGUGUACUGCCUCCCACGACACCAUCACAGUUCACUGGACGUCUGAGGACGAGUUCAGCGUCACCUCCUACGAACUGCAGUACACCAUCUACACCGGCCAGACCAACUUCAUCAGUCUGUAUAACAGUGUGGACAGUUGGAUGAUUGUCCCCAACAUCAAGCAGAACCACUACACGGUGCACGGCCUGCAGAGUGGAACACGUUAUGUCUUCUUUGUCAAGGCAAUCAACCAGGCAGGCAGCCGCAACAGCGACCCAGCCCGCCUCAAAACCAACAGUCAGCCUUUUAAGCUUGACCCGAAGACGGCCCACAAGAAGCUGCGUCUGUCCAACGACUGCCUGACCAUGGAGAAAGAUGAGAGCUCCCUGAAGAAGAGCCACACUCCAGAACGCUUCAGCAGCACGGGGUCAUACGGAGCCGCGGGAUCCGUCUUCAUGGACAGCGGCUGUCACUACUGGGAGGUGCUGCUGGGCGCCUCCACCUGGUACGCUGUGGGCGUGGCUUACAAGUCAGCCCCUAAGAACGAGUGGAGUGGAAAGAACUCCUCCUCCUGGGUGUUGUCCCGCUGUAACAACAACUUCAUGGUGCGUCACAAUGGCAAGGAGAUGCUGGUGGAGGCCAGCCACCAGCUCAGACGUCUGGGAGUCCUUCUGGACUACGACAACAACUCCCUGUCCUUCUACGACGCCAUGAACUCCCAACACCUGCACACCUUCGAGGUCAGUUUCCUGCUCCCCGUGGCGCCCACCUUCAUGAUCUGGAACAAGUCGGUGAUGAUCCUGUCGGGGCUUCCUGUGCCGGACUUUGUGGACUGCCCUGAGGAACACCAGGAGGGGAUGACAACCCUGUGUCGCCAGCAGGAGUCACCCUACGUGUCGGGUAUGAAGGGCUGUCACUGAGACCGGGACUGGGGCUGCGACUCGGCCUGUUGUCAAAGAGACGGCUGAGAUUGGGGUCGUUGUCACGGAGACCGAUGAGGGCUUGGACCGGACUCACUGGACUGGGCUGGGUUUGACUCACUUACUUCCUGGGUUUGUGGGCCAAUGGGGUUGAAUCUUCCUCAUCCUCUGCUUCCUCCUUCCUCAUUUUCCCCAGCUCUCCUUUCUCGUCGUGGAUGGUUUCAGUUACAAUGCCUACUAACUUGUCUCAGUGUGAGGAUGUGUUUUGUUGUUUAUGAUAUUUACAAAUCAUCACAGAAGCUUGACUUGCAUUAUGUGACUACUAGUCUUGUAUUAUAAGAAACUUUAUUAAUCAUGAUUGAUUAGAGAAUGUUAAUUAUUCAUGAAUAAUAAGUUGCUUUUUAGAGUUACAUUUAUUUCCCUAGUGUGUAAAAAAAAAAAAAAGACAGAAAAUGAAUUUGGGCACCAUUGUUCUUCCUCUAGAAAGCAUAGUGAAUUUAUAUUGUAUAGAAAAGGGAUCAGAUGAUGAUGUUUUAUGCGAUUCUUAACACAGUAAAAA